AUGCUGCCUGCGUCAGCCUUCUCGAGGACCCUCCGUGAAGUUGCACCAGGCUUGUCGAAGCGGUUCUUUGAGUGCAGCCGUCGCGGUCAAACCUCUCAUUUUGGCAAACUCCUCCCCCAAUGUACACACUCGAGAGGAACAACGCAAUCAUCGUCGGUUACGACCAGACAGGGUCGAAACCUCAGAACGCGUUCUGGUCCAUCAAUACGAUACUGCGGACACUCCAAGACCUCCCGCCCUUCAGACAGCUUUAAGGACCGCUCCUAUCCGAGUACGGUUAUCCGAACAUUCUCUAAUUCUGCGAAUACGAAAGCCCCUGGCGCUGGCGACGAAGCUACCGGUUCAAAUACGCAAAGAAAAGAUGCCGGAGAAAAAGAAAGUGAGAGCAAGAGCAGAAAGUCCUUUCCAGAUACCUCAUCAAAUAUUGUGGCCUACUGGCUUCUCGGAAGUGCUGCCAGUGUCUUUGGGAUCGUGGUGUUUGGAGGAUUAACCAGACUUACCGAGUCAGGUUUGAGCAUCACGGAAUGGAAACCCGUCACAGGCUCUCUCCCCCCCAUGUCUGACGCAGACUGGGAGUCUGAAUUCGCUAAAUAUCGCUCGAGCCCUGAGUUCAAGAUGCUCAAUUCGCGCAUGACUCUCGAAGAGUUCAAGUCCAUCUACUGGAUGGAAUGGAUCCAUCGGCUUUGGGGGCGAUUCAUCGGGCUCUCCUUUGUGUUGCCUGCGGUCUAUUUCGUCGCGAGGAAGCAAGUCUCCCGUACCAUGGCAAUAAGGUUAUUGGGAAUAGCAGGCUUAAUUGGAUUCCAGGGCUUCAUCGGCUGGUGGAUGGUGAAGUCGGGGUUGAAAGACGACCUAUUUGCGCCGGGCUCCCAUCCGCGUGUUUCGCAAUACCGAUUGACGGCGCAUCUAGGCGCGGCUUUCAUCUGCUACCUUGCCAUGCUCUGGAACGGUCUUGAUAUCCUACGGACGAACAAGAUCUUACGCGUCUCCUCUGACGGUGCAAACGCGACGCUCAAAGCCUUGAGUAAUCCCGCAUUAAAGCCGUUCAAGCGCUAUGUCUCCCUCCUCGCAGGUCUGGUCUUCAUCACAGCAAUGUCUGGCGGUCUGGUCGCAGGUCUUGAUGCAGGUUUGAUCUACAACGAAUUCCCAUUCAUGGGAUUGGGCCUCACGCCUCCGAAGAGCGAGCUAUGGGACAAGUUCUACUGCCGGGCACCCGACCAUAGUGACCUUUGGUGGCGCAACCUGCUCGAGAAUCCCAGUUUAGUCCAACUUGAUCACAGGAUUCUUGCGACGACCACCUUCACUGCGGUUAUGGCGCUAUGGGCAUUCUCACGCUCCGCGGCAAUGCAGAAGAUCCUACCGAGAGCAGCACAGAAGGGAGUCCAUGGCGUUGUCGGAUUUGCGUGCUUGCAGGUCAUCCUUGGCAUUUCCACUCUAUUGUAUUUGGUACCGACUGGACUCGCAAGUGCACAUCAGGCCGGGAGUUUGGCUUUGUUGACUUGGACAAUCGUGCUGGGAAGCCGGGUGUGGUUCCCGACGCAAGCUGCACGGAUUCUGGCCCAGCGGACGAUGACGCACGUGAACGUUGGUGGUACCGGUUUUGAGAUGGCGCAAAGGGCAGCUUUGAUGUCCUCAGCAGCGAAGGCAAAGACAUUGAUGCCUGGGAGCCCGACCGCAGUGGCUGCUGUCGGUUUCAUGCCCGCUGUCACAGCCAUAGGUCUGGCUCUUGCUUCGGAGACAGAAGCUACCGUUGCGAGAAGACAUCUAUUCUCCCGAAAGCUUGAGGCCCAUGCAGUCUCCGGGCUGGGUCCAACGCGGUCUUCCUGA